CUAAGUUGAGCCAUGAGGUUGUAUGUGAUCUUGCUCUGCUUUAUUGUCAGGAUGCACUGCACGCAGGAUUGUGGAAUAGCUCCUCUGAACACACGUGUUGUGGGAGGCACAAAUGCCUUACCUGGCAGCUGGCCCUGGCAGGUCAGCAUACAUUUCAAUGGCAGACCAACCUGUAGUGGUACUCUGAUUCACAGCCAAUGGGUGAUGACAGAUGCUCACUGCAUUGUUUCCACUGACAUCAACCAAUGGACUCUGUACCUAGGAAGAGAAACCCAGAUCACAUCUACUGCCAACCCAAAUGUCAAUGAAGUGAGUGUGGGUGUUCAAUCCAUCACUGUCCAUCCAAAAUACAACAACACACUUUACGAUAAUGACAUCUGCCUGAUGAAACUGAAUCAACCUGUGCUCUUCACUAACUACAUUCGUCCAGUCUGUCUGGCAUCCAAUGCAAGUGUUUUUCACAAUGCCACGACCUGCUGGGCUACAGGUUGGGGAAAGAUUGGAAAAGAUGAGAAACAUGUGUGCCAAAAUUGCAGUAACAUGUUUGACUGCCUGGUGUAA